UUUUUUUUUUUGGUGGUCAGGCAUUUUUGGUCUGGAAAUAACUUUUCUACCAAAUGGACAAUAUGUCGAUUACUAACACGCCAACAAGUAACGAUGCUUGUCUGAGCAUUGUUCACAGUCUGAUGUGCCAUCGACAAGGAGGGGAGAGUGAAACAUUUGCAAAGCGAGCAAUUGAAAGCUUAGUGAAAAAGCUGAAGGAGAAGAAAGAUGAGUUGGAUUCUCUGAUUACAGCCAUUACAACCAACGGAGCUCACCCGAGCAAAUGCGUUACAAUUCAGAGAACAUUGGAUGGAAGGCUUCAGGUGGCUGGUCGCAAAGGUUUCCCUCACGUAAUUUACGCUCGGCUAUGGCGAUGGCCGGAUCUCCACAAAAACGAACUCAAGCACGUCAAAUAUUGCCAGUACGCUUUUGACUUGAAAUGCGACAGUGUCUGUGUAAACCCAUACCAUUACGAACGUGUUGUGUCACCUGGCAUUGAUCUUUCAGGACUGACACUGCAGAGUUCUGCACCCUCCAGUAUGUUGGUGAAAGACGAAUACGUUCAUGACUUUGAGGGGCAGUCGUCGCUAUCAGCUGCCGAAGGCCAUUCGGUCCAGACCAUCCAGCAUCCUCCGAGCAACAGGGGGCCCACGGAAACGUACAGCACCCCGGCCAUGUUGGCUCCUUCGGAGUCCAGCACUCCCAACACCACCAACUUCCCCAACAUUCCCGUCGCUUCCACAAGUCAGCCCGCCAGUAUGUUGCCAGGUAGCCACAGUGACGGACUCCUACAGAUCGCUUCUGGGCCUCAGCCUGGGACUCAACAGAACGGCUUUGCUGCUCAGCCAGCCACUUACCAUCACAAUAGUACAACAACCUGGACUGGGAGUCGAACCGCAGCAUACACACCCACCAUUCCUCAUCAUCAGAACGGACACCUUCAGCAUCACCCGCCCAUGCCCCAUCCUGGACACUACUGGCCAGUUCAUAAUGAACUUGCGUUCCAGCCUCCUAUAUCCAAUCACCCUGCUCCAGAAUACUGGUGUUCAAUCGCGUACUUCGAAAUGGACGUGCAAGUGGGCGAAACGUUCAAAGUCCCUUCGAGCUGCCCAAUCGUUACUGUCGAUGGAUACGUGGACCCUUCAGGAGGAGACCGUUUUUGCCUUGGUCAGCUCUCCAACGUGCACAGAACGGAAGCCAUUGAGAGGGCAAGAUUGCAUAUAGGUAAAGGUGUGCAGCUGGAAUGUAAAGGUGAAGGCGACGUCUGGGUUCGGUGCCUCAGUGACCACGCAGUCUUUGUCCAGAGUUACUACUUGGAUCGAGAAGCAGGACGUGCCCCGGGAGAUGCGGUUCACAAAAUUUAUCCAAGCGCAUACAUAAAGGUGUUUGAUCUACGCCAGUGUCAUCGCCAGAUGCAGCAGCAGGCGGCCACGGCGCAGGCGGCCGCAGCAGCUCAAGCCGCCGCGGUGGCAGGCAACAUCCCCGGGCCGGGGUCUGUAGGGGGAAUCGCUCCUGCCAUCAGUUUGUCGGCGGCCGCAGGAAUCGGCGUGGACGACCUCCGCCGCUUGUGCAUCCUCCGGAUGAGUUUUGUCAAGGGCUGGGGCCCCGAUUACCCGAGGCAGAGCAUCAAAGAGACACCUUGCUGGAUCGAAAUCCACCUGCACCGUGCCCUCCAGCUCCUGGACGAAGUCCUGCACACCAUGCCUAUCGCAGAUCCACAGCCUCUCGACUGAGAGGAGGGGGGUGGGGCUUUGGCGGAGGAGGGCGGAUUGUAAAAUACGAUUUCGUUUAUUAACCGGAAGGUAUAGGUUGCUUCUGUUCUGCUUAAUCUCUUAACUGGGUUUAUCAAGAGAAAAGAUGUCUUUGCCACCUUGCACUCAGCAGAAAGAGCCUGAACCCGCAGCCCGUUUGAACCCGUCCGUUCCUUUGCAGCGUGCUUGAGGGAGGAGCUGUGUGUGUGUGUGGCGGGGUGGGGGGGGGAAGAGUCACCUGGCUUGUUCUCCCUUUGCCAUCCCAAUCGGAUGGACUUUGCCAGAGGCCUGGCGUCCAGCCGAAGGAUCAUUAAGCCUGCAGGGAAGCCCAGAGUCAACACCCCCCCCCCCCCCCGGCUCGUAUUCAGCCUGCCGCUCGCUGAAUCCACCUCCCAUGAGCAAAGUCAUGUUGAUUCAUUCGUAGGGGAUGACGUGGUGCUGGAGUGCAAGUCUCGCGGGAGACUUCUUCUUUGUAAAAUAUUUAUGGAAGCAUACUCUUUUAAAAAACACACACUAAAAGGAAUAGGCUUCAGAGCCUGCACUCAAUCUAAAUGCAACAUGGGAAAGUUCAGAGAGAGGCUGGCCCGUUCAGUUCACACAGCAAAUGUUUAAUAACAGAAGUGUCUUUUCGUCGCUGUCCCCAACUGGUUUCCAGUACAGCGAAGAGCAGUUGAGAGAGCGUGAAUGAGCGCGUGCGUGAGUGUUUGUGCGCAUGCGCAUUACUGAACAUGGAGUGCCAUCUCAAAAGUCCUGGAAAUCACGCUUAGCGGUUUGGUUUGCGUCACAGAGAACCCAGAUUUCCUAACGUGUUCAGUAUUUCUACUCAGGACAAGAUGGCAAAUUUGUUUUUUUAUACCUCGUGGUUAUUCUAAGCUCUUAAUGCCAUCGACGGUCUUAAAUCGAUUUGCAUUUUGACUUUGUAUAGAGAAUUUCAGGUAGAAGUCGCAAAUGUAUUUGGCUGUAUGACCGGCGCGAUAUUACGCUUUCUCUUAGUUAAUAAAACUUACCAGUAAAAA